AACAGAUGGUUGGGGUUAAAGAGUGUUAUCACAUCGUAGAGGGGAUUAGAGCUGAGAGGUUGUCCUCUUCUUCUCCUUCUUCCAGAGGAGCUGAGCUGUGUGGUCCACCUCUCCUCUCCACUACUCUACCACCAAGAACAGAACUCUGCAUGAGAACAAGAAGAGAAGAGGAGACGGGGAGAAAAAAAAGAGAUCCUUAUCCUUCUUUCUCACACUCUCACUCCGGCACUCUGCUCUCUUGCCUUCCAGACUCCUCCUCAGAAGUGAGAGAGCUCCAGUGGGUUUCUUCCCUCCGCCAUGCUGCUGGUGUGUGUGUCCUGGCUGGGCCUGCUGUCCCUGGGUUGGGACCAGGGCUGUUCAGCAUUCAGCACCACCAGAGCCCAGGGAGGCCUGAGGGGACGCAUCCAGAGGGACCGCAGGAACAUUAGGCCCAACAUCAUCCUCAUCAUAACCGACGAUCAGGACACGGAGCUUGGUUCUCUUCAGGUGAUGAAUAAGACUCGUAAGAUAAUGGAAGAUGGAGGCACCUCGUUCACCAAUGCCUUUGUGAGCACGCCCAUGUGCUGUCCGUCGCGCUCGUCCAUGCUGACUGGGAAGUACGUUCACAAUCACAACACCUACACCAACAACGAGAACUGUUCUUCACCGUCCUGGCAGGCCCAGCAUGAACCACGCUCCUUCGCCGUCUACCUCAACAAUACAGGAUACAGGACAGCGUUCUUUGGGAAGUACCUGAAUGAGUACAACGGCAGCUACAUCCCUCCUGGGUGGCGGGAGUGGGUGGGGCUGAUAAAAAAUUCCCGCUUUUAUAAUUACACCGUCUGUCGGAACGGUUACAAGGAGAAGCACGGCGCAGAAUAUGCCAAGGACUAUUUCACGGACCUUAUCACCAACGACAGUAUCAACUUCUUCCGGAUGUCCAAGAAGGUAUACCCUCACCGGCCAGUGAUGAUGGUCCUCAGCCAUGCUGCCCCCCAUGGCCCAGAGGACUCAGCCCCACAGUACUCAGAGAUGUUCCCCAACGCAUCGCAACACAUCACCCCCAGUUAUAACUACGCCCCAAACAUGGAUAAGCACUGGAUCAUGCAGUACACCGGCCCCAUGAGGCCCAUCCACAUGGAAUUCACUAACUUCCUACACAGGAAGAGACUACAGACGCUCAUGUCAGUGGACGACUCUGUUCAGAAGGUAUAUGAGAUGUUGGUAGAGAGUGGAGAGCUGGACAACACCUAUGUAAUCUAUACUGCUGACCAUGGCUAUCACAUCGGUCAGUUCGGACUGGUAAAGGGGAAGUCAAUGCCUUAUGACUUUGACAUCCGAGUACCCUUCUUCCUCAGAGGGCCCAACGUCGAGCCUGGAGCAGUGAACACUCAAAUGGUGUUGAACAUUGACCUGGCUCCCACCAUCCUACACAUCGCUGGGCUGGACACUCCUCCGGACAUGGAUGGGAAGUCCAUCCUCCAACUACUGGAGCAUGAGAAAACUGGCAACAGAUUCAAACCCAAUCGGAAACCCAAAGUCUGGAGGGACACAUUCCUAGUGGAGAGAGGGAAACUCCUGAGGCAGAAGGAGGACGGUGGAGGCAGUCCAACCACCCCUCACACCAACAGCCUGCCCAAGUACAAGAAGGUCAAAGAGGUGUGUCAACAGGCAGAGUUCCAGACGCCCUGCCAACAGCCUGGGCAGAAGUGGCACUGUGUGGAGGAGAUCACAGGGAAGUGGCGUAUCCAGAAGUGUAAGGGAGGUGGUCUGAAGGAAGGCCCCAGGAAGAGGGCCCGGAGCCUGAGGUCCCGCAGCAGCUACGACAGCCGGCAGAGGGACCCCUGCGACUGUGGCCCUGACAGCAGCCUCGACAAACCCUCCAGGUCCGACCGUCCGGGGCGCUCACACCGCCAGUUCCCACCUUCCUCUGGAGGACGAGGCUACAGGCCUCGUUUCGUCCACACAAGAUCCACCAGAUCUCUGUCCGUGGAGUUUGAAGGGCAGAUCUAUGACAUUGACCUUGCGGCAGACGACCAGUCGGCGGUCCAGAGACGUGUCAUCAGAAAGCGCCACUAUGAGCAGGAGGACCAGGAGUUGGCUCUGGAGUCAGAAGACGGGUCAGAGGAGAUGCUGGCGGACGAUACCAACACCGUGGGGUACCCCAACUCGGUCAAAGUCACACACAAGUGCUACAUCCUGAUGAAUGACACCGUCCACUGUGAGAGAGAGAUCUACUCUUCAUCCAGAGCCUGGAAGGACCAUAAGAGCUACGUGGACCAGGAGAUAGAAGCCCUGCAGGACAAGAUCAAGAACCUGCGAGAGGUCAGGGGUCACCUGAAGAGGAGACGACCUGACGGGUGUGACUGUGGCAAGAACAGGGAGGUUGCCCAGGAAGUGGAUGGGAAGACCCAGCUGUUGAACGAGAUCAGGAGGAAGAAGAAGGAGAGGAAAGAGAGGAAGAGGCAGAAGAAGGGGGAUGACUGUAGUCUACCUGGUCUGACAUGUUUCACUCACAGCAACGACCACUGGCAGACUGCCCCCUUUUGGAACCUUGGAGGGUUCUGUGCGUGCACCAGUUCCAACAACAAUACCUACUGGUGUGUGAGAACCAUCAACGAGACACACAACACCCUGUUCUGUGAGUUUGCUACGGGCUUCCUCGAGUACUUUGACCUCAACAACGACCCCUACCAGCUGACCAACGCGGUGUACUCGGUGGACAGAGAGGUGUUGAACGCCCUCCAUGCUCAGCUGAUGGAGAUGAGGAGUUGCCAGGGACACAAGCAGUGUAACCCCCGACCCAAAGGCCUGGACACAACAGCACUCAGCCAGUCUGGGACGGACGAGCGGGUUAAGCUGCCCAACCUGACGGAGGAGGAGGUGGACUGGCGAGGUCUGGAGGAGCUGUAUAGUAGUGUAAACCAGAGCCUGUACCAGCACAGGACUGACUACAGCCUCAGACAGGACGACUGGCACAUCUUCCAGAAGGAUGUAGAUAAUAUGUUUGCACUGAGACACGUUUUAGACUCGAAACUUCAAAACAACAACGACAACCAAACCCAUAAGCUUGACUUAAAGGAUGACCCAGCAUCGGCAGCUUCCCUGGCAGAGCAGGGUUCCGGGUCUGGGGCUGGGGGGCUGGAGGAGGGCAGCGGAGGAGAAGGGUCGCCCAGCCGGGACAUCUGGCAAGAACUGGUCAUCCUGAAUCGGGCCACAGAGGGACUACCGGAGACCCCAUGCACUACCCAUCCUGCCCCUAGCACACCCCCACCACCACCUCCUCCAGUAACACCCACACACCCCACACCUCAGAGGUCAGAGGUUAAAGUUCAACUAGAAUCUGUGAACGACCUCCCUGACGAGACUUAUCCAUUAGACAGACCCCCCAGAGUGGUGUCUGUGAUGACGUCAUUGUCUGUGAUGUCAGCAGGUCAGAGGAGAGGAGGGGGAGGGGUCAGAGGGGGGGAAGUGGUUGCCGGUGGUGAUGUGUGGUUGGCCCAUCAGCUGGAGGAGGACUGGCUAGAUGGCGAGGGGGAGGGGCUGGUCUUCAGCGGGAACGGGAACAACGGCCUGACUGAGAUGGAGACGCGGCACGACGACCUGCUCCGCACCCACAACAGCCUGGAGAUGGGGCUGGGACUGGGGUCUUACCCAGGCCAGGCCCAGACCCAACAGAGUAGUCUCAUCCAGGGACUGGAGCUGGGACUAGACAAGGAGGAGGAAGAGGACAUAUUUCAAGGCCAGGGCUACCUCCCCCUCUCCCCACAGACACAGACACUGAGGCCCAGAGUACAGGCCUCCACCACCACCACUACUACCAGCACUAGGAGCCCACCUCAGACUCAGACUGGCGCCCCACAGGGGACUGGGGUGGUAGUGCACAAUCCCCAGCUCCAACAGGCACAUCUACAGGUAGAGGUAGAGGUCGAGUCCCAUGCCCAGCUCCAGGCCCUGGACUAUGAGGGUAGUGGGUCUCCCCCUCAGCCCUCUUCCAACCACACCCAGUGAGACACAUACAGACAAACGCACGUGCUGGCCUGACAUUGGGCGGUCCAGCAGGUCACCAUAGAGACACAGAGAGACACAGAAACUGGGGUACAUGGAGAGCCAAGAAGGCCGACGAUGAUGUCACCACCUGUCAGUCUGACUUAGAGCUGUAUUAUUCAUGAGUAUUAAAGUUAUUAUUUUUUUUUUACAGGUGCUUCCAUUUAUUAUUAGAAGAACUACAGUGUUAUGUUGUUUUUCCAAAAUAUAUAUUUAGAAAAAGAUAAGCCUUAACGCAGCGGAAAUUAAUAAAAUAUGGGAAUUUUACUAAAAGUUCCAAGUGGAUAACACCAUUGUUUUAAAUAUAUAUUUUUAACAAUAAAAACAGGUUUUCUAGUCUGAAGGUUGGUUAGUGGUCGUUUAGCGUUACCAGAGAGGAAGAGGCGAAGCGAGAGGGUUUACCAGGCCAAACAUCUGUCCACGUUAAGCUAAUUAUUAAGCAAGUGGGGGGCAAUGAGUGCCGAAUUUUGUCAAGAUAAAAAUGUAAAGCUAUUUUGAUACGUGAGGCUUAUUUGAUCUAAUAGAAGUUUCUUAAUGCUUAGAUUGUUACGAGUUAACCGAUAUAAGUGUAAUGCACGUGACAUCCCAGCAACUUUGAUAGUGUUUUUUCUCAAAGUUAUACCUGUUGAAUUUCGAGACGGUCUAUGCAUUAUCAUGAGGCAGGCAUAGGAUCUCACUCCAUUAAAUACAGGCGGUUGACAUCAACACCCCUCAUUGAAUAUUCAAAAAAAGUAUUCAAAUACCGAGAUAUAUCCACCAAUCCAAAGAUAGUAACAGAUGUGAGCGUGAUAGCCCACCGUUACGCUCUGUGGACAAUGAAUCCCAUUGUUAGGGCGGAGACACAAGCUUCUCUUCAUUAUAUCCAGUAUCUCUGGCAUUACCUAACACCUUUGUGUGCUUCAAUGGCGUUGGCUAAUGCUAACGUCUUGGUAUGUGCUUCAAUAGAGUUGGCUAACGCUAACAUCUUGAUGUGCUACAAUGGAGUUGGCUAAUGCAAACACCUUGGUAUGCUACAAUUGAGUUGGCUAAUGCUAACGCCGUGGCUAAUGCUAACAGACUCAGGCCGGGAUUAAAUCCGAUCAGCGUUAGAUCUGCGUAGAGUGCUUGACAUGUAAAGGUAAUUUCCAAUUGAGCGUUUGCCAUGAAUGAGAUCUCCACGAAAGUGGAAACAUUACCUUAAAAAGUUGACAAAGCAGGAUAGGAUGGGAAUCUCGGCCUCAGUCAUCUCUAGACCAAUUAUCACAGUGCACUCCCAUCAGAAAUAUAACCACUGACAAAUCAGAUGAUCCCAAUAGUUUGACCAUAAAUGCGCUUUGAACAUUUAUUUAGCUUUUCCCUUGUACUGACCGUUGCCUUUAGUUGAAAUGUUUGUGGUUUGGAAACGUGUAUUCACUGUAACUCCCAAUUGCAUCUCAAAGCUUAAUAAUACAGAUCAUUGGUAUUUCAUUUUUAACACAGUGAAUUCAUUUAAAGGGUAAGUUGGUUUCAUGGAUACUUGCCACUGCAAGUGCAACACUGAAUGUGACAAGUUUAUAGUUAAAAAAAAAAAAAGUUUAUAAAUGAACAUUGCUAAAAUAAUUUUAUGAUUUGUUAGUUGUAAUUAUUUAACUUAGUUUACUAUGUUAUGUUACUCUUCUAGCUACAGUAACUUCACGUUCACGUUUUGUUCUACACUCAGCCAUCAUCAUCACCUAAUUAAAUGAAAACUUCAGAUAUUAAGCACAAAUGAACUACUGCUCACAAUAAAACUCACAUUGCAUAGACCAGUAUUCCCUAUUGCAUUGAUAAUCAAGGAUGCACAUAAUCAUCCCCAAGUUACAUCUCAAAAAGAGACAACGACCACAAAGCCAAAACCUAAAUUUGUCCCAAAUGGCAUCCUAUUCAUUCACUUUAAAGUGACCAGAGCAAUACGGGCCCUGGUCAAACGUAGUGCACUACACUAUAUACGGUGCCAUUUGAGAUUAGCAACCCCUAAUCUUUUCCUCCGUUGCUUGAAUAGCAUAUGGCAUUACUACUAUGAGGUGAUCUAUGUGUCAUUUAUAGUACUGUCUGUUAGACUAUACUGUAUAUUCUAUAUGCAAUAAGCAAAGAAUCAUAGGAUUUAAUGCACACCACUCCCAUUACAUAUCAUUGGGUAUGUUUGCAUUGGCCUGUGUCAUCGCCACUCAUUCUUACAUCUUCUACUGAUGGUUACGUUUUGGUUCAAUGUUGCUUCCACCUAAAACCAACAUUCAUUGAUUCUUAGAUCAACAAUUGUUACUGAAGCAGUAUUUUCUUCCUUUCCUUAUUUUGUGUGUAGAAGUGUUGCAACAAUUCUGGUUUCAGGAAAGCCAAGAAGCUGUUAAGAAAUAAACGUGUCAAAUAUUUUAGUGACAUUUCAGCUUA